CUUCUCUAUUCCUCCAACCACCCACGAUAACACCACUACACCUAUCAAUAACCAACUACAACUCUCAACAUAUUCCAUCUAACAAAGACAAAAGGUAUACAAAAGGAGUAUAAAGAGAAAAAAAGAAAAUGGUUUGCUCGAAAUGCGCCAAAAAGCUGAAAUCCACCCAACUCGCCACUCCGGACGUCAAGCGUCGGAGCGAGAUGUACUAUGGGAGUAGCAGUACCAACGCCGGUAGUAAUGAUAAGGCCAAGGGGAAGGCUACGCUGGGGAAUACUGGGAUUGGAAAGAACAAACUCCUCUCCGCCAAAGCCAAAAACCCCUACGCGGCAUACGCCUCGUCCUGCACUCAAUGCAAGACCAAGACCGAGCAGGGGAGGAAGUAUUGCCAGCGGUGUGCAUAUCAGAAGAAUGCAUGCCCCAUGUGUGGGAAAAGUCUAGCUGAAAAGGCUGCGACUGCUACGGCUAAAGGGCAGAAGCCGGUUGUUCAGGGGCAGAAGUUUAAUCUUAGUUGAUUUCUUUUAUUUACUCUUUGGUUGGUGUUGGUUCUUUUUUUAGUUUCCUUUGGUUGAUGCUGUUACUUGUCUAUCAAAGCACGGCGUUAGGUUCUAAACGGAUAAAACAAUAGAUAGCUAGCUAGUUAUACAUGGCAUGUAGUAUAUGCAGUCAAGAC